UGCACUGUGUCCCUCGGAUACAGUGGAUCACCGAUCACGGAAAGAGCUGAAGAUGUCGGCUCGGUCAUGUGAUCAGCUGUGUCCAAUCACAGCUGAUCACAUGGGACAUGUACACUGAUCAUCAGAGCACUGAUGAUCAGUGUGCCCUGAUGAUCAGUGUAGCCCCAGCAGUGCCACCUGUCAGUGUCCACAGUGCCAGCUGUCAGUGCUCUUCAGUGCCACCUGCCAGUGCCCAUCAGUGCCACAUCAAUGCCACAUAUCAGUGCUACCAGUGCACAUCAAUGUCACAUGUCAGUGCCCAUCUGAUCUGCUUUCAGUGUCACCCAUCAGUGCCAGUCAGUGCCACCUAUCAAUGCCAAUCAGUGCCACCUGUCAGUGCUGUCAAUCAGUGCCACCUAUCAGUGCCAGUCAGUGCCGCCUAUCAGUGCCAGUCAGUGCCGCCUAACAGUGCCAGUCAGUGCCGCCUAUCAGUGCCACCUAUCAGU